AUGUUCGCUCACGAUGAUUUGCUUUCAAUUUUCAUGUUUUUGGAUUUUUCGCAUGUUCCCAAACUGAGUCUUGUAUGCAAUGAUUGGUAUAAAAUUGUGAGUAGCAAUGCAUUGUGGGAAUGGUAUUUCCAUUUGAUGAGUAAUAAUAAGAAAGGAAAAACAAGUAUUGAAACGAAAGUGUUGGAGAAGGAUGAUGUAUUUUGGCGAAAUAUGAUCCGUGAUCACUUUUCCAACUACAAGUUGAGAGCUUCCAACUGUAUAUCUUCUCAUGAGACCCAUGACCUAAGUAAAGAAAUGGCCUUUUUGAACCAUUCAUCUGUUCAUCCGUUUUUGAGGCAAUUCGCAAAAUUUAUUUGUGGAAGAAUUAAAAUUGAGAAAAUUUAUUUUUCUGGAGAUGGAGAAUUGAAGAUGAAAUCUUUUUCACUUGAAAAUGUGGAUCAAAAGUUUGAUAAAUAUCAGAAGAUUUUUGAAAUGAAAAUCAAAAUGAGAAUAAGUGGUAUAGAUGAAUGCAUUAUUGCUCGAACCAAAUAUUCUGCUGCUAUUUCAAUUUUUGGAUAUUGGUAUUGUGUUGGAGCAUUUGUUUAUUUUUCAACUGAAUCUCAUGAUAGGAUUCAUGAACAUGUUCAACAUCCAAGUUCACCUAGUAUUGAUCAUGAGCGUCUUUCUGAUAUGCAUGACUUGCAAAAUUGCUUCCUUUACGUUUUUAAUGGAAGAGAACAGUCGCCAACACUUAAGGGAGAGCAAUAUUUGGAAGAUCAUGUGUUGUCGAAAUGUGUCCCAACCCUUUCUCAAUUUAACUUGUCUCCACGAUCUGCGAUUCCACUUCUUUGUUAUAUUGUGACAUGUGUCAGUGGAGCGGAUUUUUUUUAUUAUGGUCAUCGCAAGAAAGAAUUCACGCAUGCCUAUCCCGACAUUGCAAACAACACAUUCAUGUAUUACCAAAAGUAUGCAAAAUACAUUGGUCGUGUACAGAAUGAAAUAUCAACUUUAAGGCAAAUUAUUUUGUCGUCUCCACUUAAUGUAAAUCCCAACAUUUGUACUACUGUUAAUCGAAUGAUUGAAGGAAAAAUUAGUGUGAUUGAGCCGUUAAAAAGCAACGAAAGAGACGAAUAUUGGAAUUGUUUACAAUCAAAAGUUGUGACCUCAAAACAAAAAGCAAAAUAUUUCCCAGGCUUGUUCACACACAGAAAGAGUGGCAGCGUCGUGUCCACAAAUGUCAGUGGAGACGUAAUAAUGGAGGAAAUACUUUCGUUCCAAAAAGCCCUUAAAGUUCUCGAGAAUGAGAAUGAAGUUUUUGAUAGUUACUUGCGCCACAAAUCAAGCAAAUUCAAACAAUAA